AUGUCUAAGCGUGUUGAUGACCCCUUGUUCGUAUUAAACAUAGGAGACGAUGAUACAGUCAAAUCACUGGAGUUGCAAUGGAAGCCAGUCGCAGACCACUUUCAAUAUGACAUCGUAUCACGAUCCACAGAAGGUGCGUUAUCCAAAAGAGCUAUACUCUCCGACCUGAACAGAAUCUUCGAUCCACUCGGAUUCCUGUCACCAGUUCUAGUGAAAGGGAAAAUAUUCCUACAACAGCUGUGGUCCAUGAAGAUAGACUGGGAAGCAAGACUUCCAGUAGACAUUCAGCAAAGAUGGUGUCAAUUUUAUGAGGAACUUGAGCGAUUAAGAGCUUUAUCCAUUCCCAGAAAGGCUAUACCCGGACGUAGCAAUAUCAUAGAUAUACAUGGAUUUUGUGACGCCUCCGAGGAAGCGUAUGGCGCUUGUAUCUACAUUCGUUCCCAGAGUAUUGAUGGAAAAUGGCAUUCCAGGCUUCUAUGUGCAAAAACCCGAGUGACCCCGUUAAAGGGAAGCACAAUCCCACGGCUUGAGUUGAACGGUGCAUUGUUAUUAGCUGAGCUGGCUCAACGGGUUUCUGAGUCAUGGCAAAUCAACGUUCAUCAGUUCAAACUAUGGACGGACUCGACUAUAGUACUAGGAUGGUUGAACAGCCAAGGCAGCCGGCUGAAAACAUACGUUGCCAAUCGAGUAGCACAAAUCAUGGAUGUCACAGAAGUGAAACAGUGGAACCACAUAGGGACACAGGAAAACCCAGCGGAUAUUCCUUCAAGAGGUUUAAGGCCACAAGAGCUAUUAGUGUCAAGGUUGUGGUGGAACGGACCCGCCUGGUUGGAAAGUGAUGAGAAGGAUUGGACCCUAAAUCCAAUAAUACAUGCGGAGGAAGAGCUACCUGAAGUACGUGAAGUGAAGCUAGUACUUGCGGUGACUAACCCAGUAAACGGUAUAUUUAAACACUACUCUGAAUGGAACCGUAUGCUACGAGGAGUAGCUUGGUUGACGAUAUAUUCGAAGUACCUGCGUAAGAUGAUCAAUGGCCCUCAAUCUUUAAGGAUACCCGACUUGAACGAAGCGAGGAAAACGAUUUUCAGAAUGGUUCAAGCUGAGUGUUUUAGCAAGGAGAUCUCGUCACUAGGAAGGGGGCAAGAAGUACCAAGGAAUAGCAAGUUGCGGAGCUUGAAUCCCUUCCUGCGCGAUGGGUUAAUACUUGUAGGCGGAAGACUCGAGAAUUCAGACAUGGCUGAUGAACACAAACACCCUGUGGUACUACCUGCUACUCAUAAGGUAACCAGAAUGAAAUUUGAAAAAUACCACCUGGAGCUACUUCAUGGGGGACCUCAGCUCUUAUUAUCGGAAGUGAGGCGUCUAUAUUGGCCACUGUUAGGUCGAGUAACUGCGAGGUCUACUGCGAGUAACUAA